CCCGCGAUCCCUCCUCCCCGCUUCACUGUCACUUCCUGCGUUGCGGAGCCGAUGCCGGCUCCUGCAGGGUGCGAAGUCCACGCGUCCCGGGCGGCGGCGGCGGCGGCGGUGGGGCUACUGCUUCUGCCGGGCUGAGAGAGGCUGGCGCCGGGCCAGGGAGCAGCCGCAGCUCAGCCCCAGCCAUGGCGAGCCGCCCGCUCUUCCGUGCGCUCAUCAUGGGCCCUCCCGGCUCUGGAAAGGGAACAGUGUCGGAGCGCAUUGCCAAGAGUUUCGGGCUGAAGCAGCUCUCCAGCGGGGAGGUGCUGCGCACCAAUAUCCGCGGCCACACAGAGGUUGGAUCGCUCGCCAAGUCGUUUAUUGACAAAGGGAAACUGGUGCCCGAUAAUGUAAUCACUCGGCUAGUACUGCAAGAACUAAAGAAUAUAGAUCAGUACAGCUGGCUGCUGGAUGGGUUCCCCAGAACUGUCCCGCAGGCAGAAGAACUGCACAAAAUUUACCAACUGGACACCGUCAUUAAAUUGAACGUUCCCUUUGAGACCAUCAAAGAGCGCCUGACAUCCCGCUGGAUCCACCCUGGCAGCGGGAGGGUUUACAACACGAACUUCAAUCCGCCCACAGUGGCAGGGAUUGAUGAUCUCACAGGAGAACCUCUGGUUCAGCGUGACGACGACAAGCCAGAGACGGUGACAUUAAGACUCCAGGCCUAUGAAGAAUUAACCCAUCCGGUUCUGGAAUACUAUCGGAGUAGAGGUGUUUUAGAGGUCUUCUCGGGAACAGAAACCAACAAGAUCUGGCCUCAUGUCCAUGCCUUCCUCAGUAAGAAGCUGCCAGUGCUGUGUUAACCGGAGCAACGACAAGAGGACGGAAAGCAAGGUCUCUAAAAUGACUGGUGCUGAUUGCAUAACUAAUAGAAGGGGAAAUGUUGUGAAAAUUAUCUUUUGAUAUUUUAAACAGAAAUGAUAUAGAUUUUUCAAUGUAUUUUUUGCAGAAAUUUUAAGGAAACAUUUUAAAAGUAAUGUUCGUAGCUAAUUAAACAACAAAAGUUAGUGUUGAGAACUAAAACACAAAUCCCUGUUUUGUUUACAAGGUUGACAACGUGUUGUACACUACUAGUAUUAAUUAUUUCACACGGACCAAUAAUUUGUGGAACAAUUUGUGUGAUGUCCAGUUGAGUGAGAACCCUAUCAUGGGCUACUACAAAAGAUAGGAUGAGGCAGUUUUUCCAAAUGGACGAGGAUAGAACUGGUUAUAUGUGGUUUUAAAAAAGGCCAAGUGCUGGUGUAACAAAGCAGGUCAGGCAGCAAGUCUGGAAAACAUGGAUUGGUGACGUUUCGGAUUGGGGCUCUUCUUCAGUAUGAACAAGGGUCCCAACACGAAAUGUCAGCUGCCUAUGUUCUCCAGCGAUGCUGCCAGACCCGCUGAGGUACUCCAGCACUUUGUGUGUUUUUCUUUCCACGCCAGCAUCUGCAAUCCACCGUGCCUCCGAGGCCAUACGCGGUGUUGCUCAGGGACUGCACGUUGGCCGGCUGGUUGACACCAAGCUGAGUCCUUCAGUCACCGACCAACGUUUCCUGUCACUGACACAGUAUGUGCAGAGGAAGAUGUACGAUGACCGAUUGCAGGUCUUUUUGAAGUGUCCCCAGUCAUGUUGAUUAGUAUGGCGUUGGAGUGAGUGAAGACUGGAGAAGUGGAAGCCCUUCUCUGAAACAUUGUCACUGGCCUUAAUGGGAAGGGAAACUAGUUCACAAAUCUGUUUGCAGUUUUUGAAGCAAAGAAUGUCGUCAGGUGUUUAAAUAUAAUUGAUGGCACCCACACCCAUGGUUGGGCAGUAAAACACAGUAUGAAAAUCAGAAAAGUUAACACCACAAGAGUUCGUGACCUUUGGUCUGAACUGGGGAGGGGUGGAAGGAGAUACAACAGGUUUUAAGGAUGUGCAGAUGCAGGGAAAAGAUAAAGAAACAAACUAAAUGCUGGAAAAGUGAACAACAGGAGAAACAAGAAUUGGUAAUAAAACCAGAACCAGCAAUUACAAAUAUGAAAGGUUGGAAAUAUUCAGGCAGUGACGUAGAAUCCAUUGAGAGGAAGGCAGAAUUUAUGUUUCAGAUCAAUUUUUCAUCAGAACACGUGUAAUUUUAUUCGCCGAUUCUUCAUUGCCUAUUUACAAGAGGCCGCACAUUGCUCCUAGUUUUGAACAGUAGUGAAAGGGAAUUUGAUUUAGGACAAUCCCAAGUUUAUUUUAACAUUCAGUUUUGUGGCUCUUUUACAUUUCAAUGUGUGUCAGUUGUCAGAAUCAGGGCGAGGUUCUGCAUCUUUGAAUGUUUAAUCUUAAACGUUUAGUUGCUUUCAUUGACCACGGCUAUUUUUGUUGGUAGGUGUGCUAUCUGCCGUCAGGGUUGUACAAACUGUAUCUGGCAGGCAUUGCAUUAUUUACUUAGCAUCGGACUGACCCGUAAUCUUUUAACCCAUGAAAGAUUUGUUCAGUUUUGUUGGACGGUCUCGGUCUCGUUGGAUAGAAGUUUACCCUGCAAAAAUCCAGACUGACCGUCUUAUGAUUCUCCUGCACUGGUCAUAGAGCUAAAUGGAACUGAAACAGGCCCUUCUGCCCACCUUGCCGAUGCUGGGCUAGUCUAAUUUGCCUGCAUUUGACCCCUAGCCCUCUAAACCCUUCCGAUCCAUACGUUUGUCCACCAACAUUAACUAAUUAUAUUUUAUAAUAAGUGGUGAAAUACAUUCAAGCUAAAAAGCAUUAGAGAAGUAUAUUGCUAGUUUGUUUUUUUAAAUAUGGUGUUUUAAAGAUCAAGUGAUUGAAAUUUUUGACAGAAGUUAUAUUUCUUGGGAAGAAUUUACCUUUAAGGCAUCUGGCUGCCAAUUGUCAGUUCCAGCUGGUUGAUUGGAAUUUUUGCCACGAGUCAAAAGAAUGCGCAUUUUAAAUUCUGCAGAGACAAAAGCAAAAAAAAAAAAAAAAUAGCUAGGCUGCCAGACCAAUAGAGUCCCGAGGGGGUGCAGCACUACCACAGGAGUUGUCUUUCGGAGGAGACACUAAACCAAGACCUUGUCCGCCAGUUCUGGUGGACAUUGUUAAUCCUGGUGCCCUGGCCAAUAUGCAUCUAGGUUAACAAUAUGUUUAUGGGAGUACAGUAUAAGCAGGUUAACAGUUUCCCCAUGUUAGAUUCUCCCAAACAGCACUUCAUUUUCUUCAAGAGGACAUGGGACUGAGGAUGGUAUAGACCAGUGCUUCUUAAACUAUUUCAGUGUCAUUCACCCUUGAGUCUUUAUCACAAAAUUUCAUUCACCCUCGACUAAAUUUUAUUAUGUUUUUUGGUAAUUUUCGUCUCAUUCUCCCUUGUGUAUAAUUUUAUAUAUAAUUUAUUUUGUCACGUGAGCAAAAAAACAUAAAUGAACUCAUUCACCUCAAAAAUAAUUUAAUUCACCAUAGGUUUAAGAAGCACUGGUCUAGACGUUGCAUAAAUAGAAACCUUUAUUUCAGAGAACACCGACCUGCAUUGUGCAUUUUAGUUACAGCAUGGAAUCAGGGCCUGCAGCCCACCGAGUCCACGCCUACUAUCGAUCAUGAGUUCACUCUAGUUCUAUGUGGUUUAAAUCGAAGGUGGACACAAAAUACUGGAGUCACUCAGCGGGACAGGCAGCAUCUCUGGAGUGAAGGAAUGGGUGACGUUUCGGGUCGAGACCCUUUCUUCUGACUGAAGGGUCUUGACGCGAAACGUCACCCAUUCCUUCUCUCCAGAGACGCUGCCUGUCCCGCUGAGUUACUCCAGUAUUUUGUGCCCACACACUGGUUCUAUGCUAUCCUACUUUGGCGUCCACUCCCGACACACAAGGGACUAAUUUCACAGAGGGCAAUCAACCUGCAUACAUACACAUCUUUGGGAUGUGGAAGGAAACCGGAGCACCCAGAUAAACCCCACAAGGUCACGGGGAGAACAUACAAACUCAGCAAGGGCAGUAACGGAGAUGGGGAUCGAACCCGGGGCCCACGCUGUGAGACAGCAGCUCCAUUGUGUCACCCCAUUGUCUGCUAAGGCAAGCGCCUGUUAAACAGGUUUGAAGUAACUGCCAACCUUUAGCUGACACUGUAGGUAGUAGCCAGUUAAUCCCAGGUGAUCUGGAUACUUGCCCAGAACUGCAGAGUCUCACAACAGUGAAUAUUGUACGUUCUCCCAGUGAAGGAUGAAACUCUGGAUAAUAUGUGAAUUAAAAUACACAGAUGGGCAAGUUCAUUUUCUUCCUUCAUACCUGUUUGAAAGGCAGUUGUUCAAUAAUUUCACACGAAAUAUGAACAAAAAUAGAUCUAAACGAUUCAAAUCCCUUUAAUUCUGCUUCCUCCCAAUAGGUUAAGCAGAUAGAGUGUCCAUCUGAAUCUUCAUUUUUUGACCUCCCAUUUGCUUUUACUGCUGUGUCAAGUAAAUAAUCUUUUAUUUAAAAUGCUUUUAGAAAUGCUUGGAGAAAGCCUAGCAUCUGAGAUCAAAUGAUUUGCUAUUUAUGAAUGUCACAAUAGUAUUUUGUGCAAAAGCAAAAUUUAAGUCAAAAUCCAAAAGUAUAAUUCAAAGGGAAAUAUGUUUUUCCUGUUUUCCUGGAAACUGUUACUAACAUGGGAGAAAGUUGAGGUUUGUCAGAUUCAUGUUUUCCGUUUGCUUUGCAAUUAUUCCAACAUGUAAUAAAACUCAAACAUCCUUGGCCUAUGCGGCUGUGACUAAAUAUAUUGUGCAAUGAGCAAAUUAAUAAAAUGCAGAUGUAGACAGAA